UCUCUUCCCCUCCGCUUAAUGCUCCCAUGUGCCCCUACCACCUCCUUUCUCUCUCUCUCUCUAAAUUUCGCUCUCUCUCUCUCUAAGUCUAUAAAGUAGUGUCUCAAGAGCCACGAAAACUUCAAACUCCAGAAGAAAAUGUCAACUACUGCAACUGCCAAAUCUGCACUCUGGGUGAUCCUUGCAGCUGCCCUGCUCUUCCAAGGUGGGGGUGGGGUGAGGUGCGGCAAGAAUGGUCCUUCGGUGCAGCAAACACAGGUUGGUUAUGGAGCAAAGCCCAAAUUUAGGGUGGAGGUUAGGAACAACUGCCCAAUGUGCCCUGUUAUUGAUGUUCACUUGAAGUGCAAUGGCUUCUCUCAGGCCUUAAUCCCCCCGAAGCUCCUGAAGCUCAUCGCACCCAACGACUGCGUCGUUAAUGGUGGCCUUCCUCUUGGUCCCUCCCAGAGGCUCGCCUUUGCCUACUCCCAUACCCACCCCAUCUCCUUCUCCCCCCUCUCUUGGUCCCUCCAGUGCGAGUGAUUCUCAACUGCUCUCUCUCUCCUGUUUUAGUACUGUAGACUAAUGUCCUCCUCUUAGUUUUCACCAUCUUUAUUACAGGGCUAAUGUUUUUGUGCAUUCUAGCAAGUAAAGUAGGUGUUGAAGCUGCUCUAAUGGUGGAGAGAGGGGAAAUGAUAAUAUUUCUGGGUGUUUAUUUAUGAUGAUGAUGGUGCAAUAUAAAAUUACAAUAUUUUUGACA